CACGCUGAGCCACGUGGGCAACAGAUGACUCCGCCUUGACCACACCCGUCGCCCGCGAUGCUCAGCACCUUGCACGCGACACGCUUUCGCCAGCAUGGCGAUCAACGAGUCCAGCAACUCGCCCGCUCCAUCGAGCCCGCUCGUGCCGUUUCUCGCGAGCAGCAGGUCGCGGAGAGGCUCGCUGGCAUCCAUCUCAUCCAAGAAGGGCGUCGAUAAAGAGACGCUUGCUCAAGCUCUCGACGAGAUCCACACGACAGCGAGCAGGUCCGAUGGCCUCACUAGCUUUCACGACUUCGAUGGGGAGGGUAAGACCGGCGGCGCCAAAGAGCUGGUCAGCAACGGCAUCACAGGCAUGUACAAUAGGCUUCGACAGACGGUAGCUGGUGGUUCGAGUAGCAGCGUGAAGGAUACCGGCAAAAGUGUGCCCAAGAGCAUCGAGUCUGUGGACGCCGGAUCGACACUGUCUGCCACAUCCUCUCUGCAGACCACACGUUCACGAACAAAGGAGGUGAACGGGAAGAAGACAGUGUCAGACCAGCUACCACCUGCCAACGACAGUGCCUCACCCUCUCCACAAAUGCGCACCGUUCCCAGCAAAGACGUCAGCGAAGGUAAGCCCGCCGCACCACAGCUUCACGUGCCCACUGCCGAUGCCCAGCCUGUGCCCGUUGCUGGCCCGCGAGACCAACGUGAGACGGCUGUCGACGCGACGAAAUUGCCACCGGCACAAGCCAAACCCAAACCAGAUGGAGAGGCUCCCACGAAAGAGGACGUCGAGAAGGCAAGAAACGCGUGGGCAAACGGCGAUCGAAGUGCUGAAGGCACGGACGCACUAGCUCGAGUUCUCUCACACCACGAGACCUCACUCACGAACACGACGUCCAAGCAGAUUAGUUCCGCGCAAUUGCGAGACGAUCUGGAAGAGGCCAUCGAUGACUCCGAUUACGUUGAUGAGUCUGAGGCCUUGUUCCCGGCUACCUCUCAGCCGUUGCCGACAGACGCUGCAAGGAAGGCUGAGCUUCCGUCUGUUGAGUCUCAAAAGCCACAAAGGCCACCAUUGCCACGCGUAGGUGUCUCUCAUCUUCCAGGUUUCGAUCCCUCGCGCGCUUCAUCCACGAUGGAUGGCAGCGAAGGAAGCUCUGCUCCAAGCUCCCGCCACGAGUCCUACCACAAACCCCGUCUGGAGCCAGUAGCAAAUCUGAACGCUGGGCUGUCACGCAAAAGAUCAACUCUGAAGCCGGCCGGUAGCUCUACUCAGUCGCAAUCCCUGCACCCGAAGCGUCGUGUACUCGACAAGAGGUUUUGGAUGCAGGACGAAGGGGCCAAAGUUUGCUUUUCUUGCGGGCAAAGCUUCUCCACUUUCCGUCGCAAACAUCACUGUAGAACAUGUGGACAAAUUUUUGAUGCCAAGUGUACCUCCCUUCAUCCAGGUCGUCAAUUUGGUCAAGUCAGCGACGUUCGGCUGUGCAAGCCUUGCGAGAGUAUGAUCCUGGGCAGUGAUGACGACUCUACAGUCUUCACCGAUGAGGAUCGCGACGAUAUUACACGCAGCCCUCUUGGACAAACUCACAACACAAAUCUCAACGACACAGACGGGAGGUUCGAUGGAGCGACGUUCAGUAGAACCGACACGGAAGUCAUGACACCAUCCAUAGGAAUACCUGUUUCUCGCCGCAAUCGCGAGGCCAAACGACGUUCUGCCAUUCUCGAGUUCGACGAUUCUCGUACGCUGGCACGGCCGAGCUCAUCCCAUUCUCUGAUAUCGCUGAGCCGCCGGCCACGCUCCUCGAGCCACCGUCGACGACAUUCCAAGCAUCACCCCAGUAGCCGACUGAUUCGCUCAAGCGUCGACAUCGAAAGAGGUCCUUUUCACCAAGGCAGCACGGAGGACGCCGAGAAACGCCAGCUUCCCACUUUUCACAAGGACAAUAUCAUCGAUCCAGACCUCGCAGACUUCCUCUCUGAUGAGGGCUCUGACGAUGGGCAACACCAGAGCCUGAUGACAGCGCUAGAAGGCCCUUCACCCUCGCCGGGAGAACGCGAUAGACUAGGAUUUACCGGUCUAUUCACUUCUGCUAUUCGGAAAGGUCGCUCUCGAGGCACCGAUAAACGCACAGCACCGGGCUCAAGCAUACAAGGUCUCAAGGGGGAUGGGGUCAAAGCUGCAUUGCCGCGACCACGUAGUCGCCAUCUCAGCGAUGGAUCUGCAGUCCAUGCUUCGCCGCGACGAAGGCAGAGCAACCAUUUUGCCUCAGCGGACGCUGCGCAAAUGAAGACACGACCAAGCACACCCUCUGGCCAGAUCACACAUGCGAAAGUCACGCGCAGUCCAGCUCUGCAGCAGAACCGACCCACAGACGAUCUUGAACUAUACCCUGCGAGCGAUGAGCAUGUCAGGAAAUUACUAGCGCAGCUUUUGAAAGAUGCCCGCGUUGCCCAUGUCCAUGCGUGGCAGCAAGCACUUCUGCCCGUUCUGAUGCAGUGCACAAACGAUGUUGAGCCAGAUGUGCAAGCAGGCGACGACAUGGACAUCAGGCAUUACAUCAAACUCAAGAAAAUCCCGGGCGGCAGACCGAAAGAUACUGGAUAUGUUUCCGGCAUUGUGUUCAGUAAGAACAUUGCUCUGAAGUCAAUGUCUCGCACCUUGACAGACCCCAGAAUCUUGAUCGUCAAUUUCUCGAUUGAGUACGCUAGGCACGAGGCACAUUUUAUGAGUCUCGAGCCAAUAUUAGCGCAGGAAACGGAAUACUUGAAGAAUCUUGUCAAGCGUAUUGCCCAAUUGAAGCCAGAUGUUCUGCUGGUGCAAAAGCAUGUAUCGGGCAAAGCUUUACUGAUGCUUGAACAAGAGGGUAUCACAGUUGCGUACAACAUCAAAGAGUCUGUGCUUGCGGCUAUUGCCCGCGUGACAAUGACAGCCCCUGUCAAGUCUGUCGACAAGCUCACUAUGAUGAAUCCGGACAGCUUGGGACGGUGCGACAGCUUCGAUGUCAAAACAUAUCUGACGGAUUCCGUGCGCAAGACUUACAUAUUUCUGUCCGGCUGUCAACCUGACCUUGGCUGUACAGUCAUACUACGAGGAGCGGAUACGAAGACCUUACGGAAGAUCAAACGCAUCGCUGAGUUCAUGUGCUACGUGGCCUACAAUCUCAAGCUGGAGAAUUCGUUAAUGCGAGAUGAGUUCGUGUCUAUACCACGGACUGUUGAUAACCAGAAUGGCACAUAUGACCACCCGAGCACCAGUGCUGUGGCGUCCGAAGAGCGUCAGUCGACUAUUAAUGAGACUUUGCAGCACGAGAUUGAGAAGGGCAACGCGAAAUUGCAUUUCAAAUAUGAAGAGCAAGAGCAAGAAUCCCGUAGGCGCGUUCUCUCAGCGUCGCCUUUUGUGGUCUUCAUGCAACCUUACCUGCUGACUCAGUUGCGCGACCUAGAGCGUAGACUUGCCACGUACAAGAUACUACGAGAUCAGUAUGCAGCCGCAGAUGAGGACGAAGACGAGCCUAAUGACGAAAAGGCCGAUCGGGAUAUCAUAGAGAACUUCAGCCUCGUGAAACCUGACAUGGUCAAUGCCCCGGCAUCCAAGGACCAGCCAAAAGCUGUGCGCGAAUAUCUUCACGCAGUGCACGAAGCUCAGCUGCAAAAGGCCGAGCAGACAUUCCAGGUUCAGGAAAGGCAGUGGGACACCUUCCAGAAUGGUGAGGUCGAUCCAUUCGACCCUUUCUCACAUCAGAAGAUAGUGGUGCUGUACUCAACAGUGUCAAGCAUCACCAGUGCACCCUGCACCGGUCCAGAACUACUUGGGCUCGGCUUCUACGCUUCAUACAACCGGACUGAUCCAGAUUACGACGAUGACCUUACGCUCGGGCAGUACGUUCAGGAAAUGUGCCACGAGGCCAGUAAGCCUUGCACGGAAUGCGGAAAACCAAUGUCCGACCACCAUAGGCAGUACGUGCAUGGCUACGGGCAGCUGACAAUCUCUACGCAACGCCAAAUGGCCAAGGUCCGCGGAAUGCACGACACGAUUCUCAUGUGGUCGACUUGUCGCCUUUGCCGGCACGAAACGACGGUCACUCAGAUGAGUUCGCACACGUGGAAGUAUUCAUUUGCGAAGUAUCUUGAGUUGAGCUUUUGGAGCAGCCAUCUCCAUCCUCGCGCUGGUCUUUGCAAGCAUGACAUCCACCGAGACUUCCUGAGAUGCUUCGGCUUCCUAGACACUGUCGUACGCGUUCAGUAUGAUCCUAUUGAUAUAUACGACGUCAUCGUACCGAAGGCGCAGGUGACGUGGAAAGUGGAAGCAGACCUGACAGUCAAAAAUGAACAGUACCUACAUUGCGAAGAAAGACUACAAGCGUUCACCGAUUCUGUACGGCAGCGAUUGAACACGAUCACAGUGGACAACCUCAAUGAAAAGACUGCAGAAGCUGCGUCGGCACUCGUCGACGAGCUCAGAAGCAGGCUUGAGGCUGAUGAACAGGAGCUCAAAGAGAAAUUGCAGCUCAAGUAUGCAAAGUCCCGUUACUAUGAGCUGAUACCACUGAAUCGAGCACUACGAUUCAUGGACGAAAAGGCCAUCGCCUGGGAUGAUGAGUUUGCGAGGUUUGAGGAGAAAUAUUUCCCUUCGGAGGCCGACAUACGCAAGAUCGCAGCCGAUCAAAUGAAGAAGAUGUUUCUCGAAUCUCAGCCGAUUCGCAACAUGAUUGGAUCUGAAACAGGAAGUGACACUGAGGAUGGCAUCGACGUGUCCCGGAAGGGGAAAUCACAAAUAAAGGACGAAUUUCUGAGCGAGAAAGCGCAGCAUGUGCUUUCGAGUGCGAUGCAAGAGCACAGGGCUGCUGCUGAUGAGGAUGAGGGGUUGCGACACUUGGUAAAUCACGAACACGGGCUUGGUCCUGAGCUCACAAGGUCUCCUACACCAAGGCAAGAGCAAGAAGAAGCUGUGGAACGCGAAGAUGUCAAGCAUCUAGAUCUCGCUGUUCCAAGUCAAUCGCCACCGCCUGUGCUCGUGGGCGAUACGCUGGACGAGUUGUCGCCAAGGCGCAGUCCUGAGACACAUCUUGAUCAAGCCCAACAACAAGACGAGCCAUUUGCCACCCAGCCCAAACCGCUGAGUUCAGGACUCUUGGAGAGGAUUGAGCAGAUCAGAAACAACAAGGUGGCAGCCGGUACCGAUGAAAUCCCCGAAACCAAGAUCCCUAGACUGGCAGACCUACAGCAGAAGAAGCGGGACGCAAGCCCUAGCCCCUCGCCGAAACCCGUUCCUCCGCCCUUCCUGAGGGCAAAGUCGCAGCCUGGACAUCCUGCCCACGCUCAUCGCCUGAGUGCCGAUGCAGCUAUCAACUCUCAGAGUAUAGAUGCUGUGGCCACUGCUCAAGAGCAACUCAGCCACAGCGAUGCACUUGCCGCCGAGAAACGGCUGAACGAGAGGCUGGGUGUCGCACGGCUUGCCAAUAAGGCCGGCAAGAUUGUGCCAUCCCUCAUUCCGCGGUCUGUUCCCAUCAAGCAGGAGGAAAACGGCCCCACCACAGUUUCGGCUUUAGCAAGGCACUUUGAGCAGAUGUCUCGCGAGUUUGAAAAAGAACGGCUGAAAGAGCGCCGUCAAAGAGCGAUGCGAAGUCGUCAAGCGAGAGCAAACCCCCUCGCAAGCAGCAGGCCUGUUGUGGAAGUCUAUCAGAACGCGGUCGAUGCGGUGGGCGAAAGACCGCCGAGUCUGAAAGACGAUGGCGAGCUUAGUCAAGCACAUCAAAGGGCCGCUCGGCAAGAGAUGGAUGAGAUGGUGGCGCAGAAUCAGCCCGAAGAUGUUUCAGGCGCCGAACUCGAUGAACAUGGCAACAGAAGCGACGACCAAGCCGAAUAUCACGAGGGCGAGGCUCCUAGUAUGAGUGGCGAGACUGCCGUCGAUGGAGAUGAUGAAGCGAGUGACAACGAGAACACAAGAUCGCGCUCAAGAGAUGUCUCCGAUCCUUCUUCCUCACUCCAGUCGCCUUCGACUAGUGGACCUGAUCUUCACGAUUUAGGACCAGAACUGCAGAUUGGCGAGCAGAGAAAGACACAGUGGUUCAAAUACCUCUCUGAAUUCUGGUCCAAGCGCUCUGCGUCAGGCUGGACGAACCUGGAAUACCCCUUGCACGCGACCGAGCACGUCUUUGAGGACUCGGACAUCAUUGUGCGUGAAGAUGAGCCUUCGUCAGUGAUUGCGCUAUCACUUGCCUGCGCAGACUACCGCGCCAAAGAGAAGGGCUUCCGCAACGCGCCAAAUCGCCAACCCUUGUCGAAGCAUGGUCACGCACAUACUGCGAGUACUGCGAGUAUCGCAAACUUGUCAAGGGAAGAGGGGCAGCGGGCAGACAUUGAGGCCAGUCUGCUAGGUGAUACAGCGACGCACAUGAAAUACUCGUUCGCGCACGGACAAGUGAAGGCAAGUUGCAAGAUCUUUUACGCCGAAUCAUUUGAUGCGCUGCGACGCAGAUGCGGUGUGGCCGAUCGCUUUAUGGAGUCAAUGUCUCGCUGUUUGAAAUUUGACUCAAAGGGUGGUAAAACGAAAUCGCUCUUCCUUCGGACAUUGGACAGCCGCUUCAUCAUCAAGAGCUUGCAAGAGGUCGAGCUGAAGGCCUUCACAAAAUUUGCACCAGACUACUUCAAUUUCAUGAGCUAUACACUAUUUCAUGGGGUCCCAAGUGUGAUUGCCAAAAUGUUCGGUCUUUUCCAGGUGAAUAUUCGCAACCCAGCGACUGGAGUCGACUUUUCUUACUAUCUUCUCGUGAUGGAGAACCUCUUUUAUGAACGAAAUCCGAAUCGCCGAUUCGAUCUAAAGGGCAGCAUGCGGAACCGCAAGAUUGAGUCCACAGGCCAAGCAGAUGAAGUACUACUGGACGAGAAUCUGGUCGAAACCAUCUUUGAGUCCCCACUGUUUGUUCGGGAGCACAGUCGAAAACUCCUUCAGGCCUCGGUAUUCAACGACACUCUCUGGUUGUGCAAACAGAACGUGAUGGACUACAGUCUCAUGGCUGGGUUCGACGAUAUUCGCAAGGAACUCGUUGUUGGUAUCAUCGAUUGCAUACGCACUUACACAUGGGACAAAAAGCUUGAAAGCUGGAUCAAGGAUCGUGGCAAGAACAAGCCGACCAUCACUAGUCCCAAGGACUAUAGAAAUCGCUUCAGGGUUUCAAUGAUGCAGUAUGUCCUGCAAGCGCCGAACUGCUGGUGGAGCUUCCAGGCCAACCUUGGAACACCUAAAACUUUGAGAGAGGGCGAAGGCCAGGGUGCCGCGGUAGAGGGGGAUGUCACUGAGACAGGAGACGAUCUGUCAUGA